AUGGACAGAGAUGAUCGUUUUAUUGUCUCGACGUCUUUGCGCAAUCGAUUUUCAAAUGCUGUAGAGCUUCAACAGCAACUCCGCGCAGCUCGCAGUACAACAGUAAGCACCUCUACAGUUAGAAGGUUAGGAGAACAAAAAAUUGUGGCCCGCAGACCUGCUACCGGUCCGAAACUGACUGCACAGCACCGCAAAGAACGGUUACAUUUUGCCCGUGAACAUUUUAAUUGGACGCUUGACCAAUGGAAGACUGUGCUCUUUUCUNGAGGAGACAGUGGAGUAUGGAGGUGGAUCAUGCAUGUUCUGGGGCGGCAUUUCCAUCGAUAGCAAGACCGAGCUUGUGUGCGUUUCCCGAACUGGUGGCGCUCGAGUACAAGGAUCGCUAACUUCUGAUCGAUACAUUACAGAGAUCUUAGAAGAGCAUGUGGUACCAUAUGCGGGUUUUGUUGGAGAUGGGUUUAUACUAAUGCACGACAAUGCUCGUUCCCACACCGCAUUAAUUGUAAAAAAUUAUACGGAAGAGGUUGGGAUCCCUGUUAUGAACUGGCCAGCGAGAAGUCCAGACCUAAACCCAAUUGAGCACCUCUGGGACGAAUUAAAACGAAGAGUGCGGUCACAUGAUCCUGCCCCAACAACCCUCCAAGAUCUUCAAUAUGCUGUUGUUGCGGAAUGGGUGAACAUUCCUCAAGAACGCAUCGUACGACUCAUAACUUCUAUGAAAGAUCGUAUGGAAGCAGUAAUUAAGGCAAGAGGAAGUAGCACUAGAUUUUAA